AUGGAAAGUUCAAAUUUAUAUUCACAAGAAGACGUUUCAUUUAUAAUCAAGCAAUUGACAAAAACGAACGACCUCAACAGGGAAACCUAUUUUGAAAUUUCAAGAGCUGGAUUGGGACUUGACUUACUGGAUGUUGUGAACGAGCUCCGUCAGAAGAAGAUUAACUUCCUAACUUCUAUAGUACAGCGAAUAUCAAUUGAAACUGGAAAUAAUUUACAAUCAUUUAUAAUUUCAGUCAUUAACCAACAUGAAAUCUUUGAUUUCUUAAGGAUUCUUUCCAGGCAAAAUGGAAAUUUGAGGAUAAAAGACUCCAAUUGUCGAGUGAACAUUAUUCAAGGACCACUCAAAUGUGCAUUCACCAACUUGCCAAUUGAUUCUCCAGUUGAAAAAGCUGAUCGUCUUCCUGUCUGCAUUAAGUCUACGCUGAAUCAAAAGUAUCACAAAUUCCUACCUUCAGUCUUACUUGUCGAAUUCCUUCAGGAGCUCAAAGUCAGUGAUAAACUAUCAAGCAUCAACGGAAUUACACUUAAGUACCUAUCAACACCAAGAAUCAUCGACAAAAAUAUAAUUUUGAGGAUCACUAACGAAGAAGCGGAAAGUGAAGUUUAUUCAGUACUGCAGUACUAUGGAAACACUGAAAUUGAGACCCUUUUAGAAUCUCAAAUCUUGGCUCAUCGGGAUGUAUGGGCUCAAUGCUUUAGAAACCAUAACGCUGAAUCAUCAAGCUACAUACUGAAUAACAAUGUCAUAUCAAACGACCUAUUCACUAAUGGGAGAGAUGUCAACUCUCUAUUGAACAGACUCGGUCCCCGAGCAUCUUAA